AUGGCCAAUGUGACUUCUGAGGCAGUUUUGCCCGCUUCCCUUGACUUGACCAUCGGCGCCGAGUUUAUUGGGCUCACUGUCGCGCUAUUGCUCUAUGGCGCGUCGACGGGCCAGCUCUUCUGGUACUUCCGCAAGAGCGAGGGCUUGAAUGUAACAGGGUGGAUGGUCUACUACAUCGUGAUGUUGUGGUCGUUGGGCACGCUGCAAGUGAUUCUCACCUCGUACCUCCUAGCCACUUACCUCGUCCUGGGGCGGGGCAACUUGGUUGCCGUCUUCGGUUCCGUGAAGGUGUACGCGGUUAGUGUCAUGGUGUCGGACUUCACCAGUAGUAUGGUCCGUUACGGGUACCUGUACAGGAUCUGGAAAUUUACCCACAAACGGUUUCUGAUAUGCCUUGCGCUGUGUACGGUCUUGACUACGCUCACGCUCGGUGUGUCACUGUACUUUGGUGUCGUCCUCGUCCGCUCGGACUUUCUGUGGCAGGUUUCGUUCCGGGAUCUAACCUGGUCGUACUUCGUUGCAUUUGGCGCGCAAGUAAUUGUCGACUUGAUGAUCGCCUUCGUCGUCUUCUCGUCGUUCUUGAAAUUCUGCACCGGUAUCCAAAGAUUCGACAUGCUGAUCCGGACGAUCAUGAUUUUCGUGCUCAGCACCGGUGCACUCGCGGUCGCCUUCACCACCGGCGGAAUCAUCGUCUUCGUCGCGCUCCCGAGGACGUACGUGUUCAACGGCAUGUUCUGGACCUACUGCCAACUGCACAUCUGCUCGUUCCUCGCCGUGCUCAACACCGAGAAGGAGCUCGCGCGGCGCACGCUCACCCACCGCCUCGCGCGCGCGACAGUGCAGCUCACGACGCGCGUCGACGUCGGCUCGUUCGCGGACACGCCGCCGCCGUCGAUCGGGGGCGAGGCGGCGUACGGGGGGCUACGCUCCGAGUUCUCGGCGCUCCGCGCGUGA